AUGGACGAAAUUCAGUUCGUAAAAGACAAACACCUGCACUACCUGAAUACCUACACCGACACAACAAAUGUAGAAGAACUCAUAUUCAACGAAACCAUGAAGAUGCGUGGCGUGUUCUACUACAUAUGCUCAUGUAAAAUUUUGUCCCACGAAAUUGACAACAAGGACGAAUUCAUUAACUUCAUUCUGCAAUGCCAGAAUCCCGAUGGGGGCUUCAGCAACAACAAAAAUCAUGACUCCCAUAUUAUAGCUACGCACCACGCGAUAUUGUCUCUCCUCUUACUUAACCACCCUUUUAACGAAAUAAAUCCGCACUUCCAUUCGUUUAAUCAUACGCAUGAAGGAGGUAACUCACCGAAGAGCAUAGCAGAUUGCACCACAGAGUAUAUCUUAUCCCUGCUCAAUGAAGAUGGCUCCUUUAAGGGGGACUUUUGGGGAGAAGUGGACGUUCGCUUUGCAUGCAGUGCAGUCAGCUGCCUAACCAUCCUAAACCGCCUAAAUCUAGUAUCUACAGAUAAAAUUGCAUCCUACGUUUUAACAAAUUAUGCCAUUUGCCAAAAUGCAUUCUCUUGGACAAGCGGAAAUGAACCCCAUGCUGCCAGCGUCUUCUGUGCAGUGGUAACUCUAUUUCUACUUCAAAAACUACAUCUGAUCAAUGAACAAAAAGUAGGAGAGUGGCUAAGUUUAAGACAAACAAAUAGUGGGGGGUUCAAUGGACGAGCAGAAAAACUAUCCGACACCUGCUACGCAUGGUGGAUAUACUCAUCACUAAUUAUUUUAGGAAAAUACAAAUGGGUAAAUAAAGGCGCCUUAAAACAUUAUAUCCUUUUGUGCCAAAAUUUAAAUACUGGUGGAAUAAGUGACAAUCCAGAUUGCCUCCCCGAUAUUUGCCACACCUUCUUCGGCCUCGCUGCACUCAGCUUGAUAGACAAUCUACACGGAGCAGACGGCAGAUUGGACCUCCGACUAGUGCACCCCGUGUAUGCAAUCCCUCUCGACGUUGUCAAGGAAAGGGGCUUACCCCAUCAUGAUGUGGAAACGUGGUAA